AUGGUAACGGCCUGUGCUGUGCAGGACCAGCGCUCCACCGUCCUCUCGCUGCAGAAGCUCAUCGUUCGGGAAGUGGCCAACGAAGAGCGCGGCCUCUUCCUCAUCACGGCCGGGAUCGAAAAGCCCGAGAUGAUGGAGGUGUUGGCGAGCUCCAAGGAAGAGCGCAACAGCUGGAUGCAGCGCAUUCAGGACGCCAUGCAGGCCAUGGCAGCGCUCCGUGAGAAGAGGAUUAUUCUGGAGGAGGCAGCAGGAGGAGGCGGCAGCAGCAGGAGGAGGAGGCAGCAGGAGGAGGCAGCGGGAGGAGGCAGCGGGAGGAGGCAGCGGGAGGAGGCAGCGGGAGGAGGCAGCGGGAGGAGGCAGCGGGAGGAGGCAGCGGGAGGAGGCGGCAGCAGGAGGAGGAGGCAGCAGGAGGAGGCAGCGGGAGGAGGCAGCGGGAGGAGGCAGCGGGAGGAGGCAGCGGGAGGAGGCAGCGGGAGGAGGCGGCAGCAGGAGGAGGAGGCAGCAGGAGGAGGCAGCAGGAGGAGGCAGCGGGAGGAGGCAGCGGGAGGAGGCAGCGGGAGGAGGCAGCGGGAGGAGGCAGCGGGAGGAGGCGGCAGCAGGAGGAGGAGGCAGCAGGAGGAGGCAGCGGGAGGAGGCAGCGGGAGGAGGCAGCGGGAGGAGGCAGCGGGAGGAGGCAGCGGGAGGAGGCAGCGGGAGGAGGCAGCGGGAGGAGGCAGCAGCAGGAGGAGGCAGCAGCAGGAGGAGGCAGCAGCAGGAGGAGGCAGCAGGAGGAGGCAGCGGGAGGAGGCAGCGGGAGGAGGCGGCAGGAGGAGGCAGCAGGAGGAGGCAGCAGGAGGAGGCGCCUUGGACAAAGAUGAAGAUGAAGGAAUUCCAAGUGAGACCGAAGACGACAAGCGACAACUGGAGACCAAAGCUCGGGAAAUGAGAGAUUUACUGAAGCAGAAAGACACCGAGAUCCUGUCCCUGCUGGAGGAGAAGGUGCGCCUCUUCAGGGGCAUGUGGGAGGGUCUGAGCUCCACAGACGAGACCUGUCAUCAGGGGCCCUUCUUCAGGUCAGACUGCAGCCAGGAGCCCCCCAGAGGGGCCGCCAUCAUGAAGGAGGCUCUUCAGGAAGUGGAGACAUUACAAGCUCUGGUGAGUGGCAGUUUGGGAGGGGCCAUGGCCAGCAUACAGGGAGGAGCAGCAGGAGCAGCAGGAGCAGCAGGAGCAGGAGGAGCAGCAGGAGCCGUGUGCCUCCCUCGCCGCGCUGAGACCUUUGGAGGCUUCGACAGUCAUCAGAUGCUCAGCAAUAAGAGUGCGGCCAAAGAUGAAAACCUGGACACAGCAGAUCUUCGCAGGACUGGAUCCGACAGUGUUCUCAAGAAGGGAGGAAACGCCAACCUGCUGCUUGUGAUGAAGAGGAACAGUGAGCAGCUCCUCCGCAGUGUCUCCCAUCUCCAUCUCCUGCUCAGCUCUCUACAGGCCGUGGUGGUGCAGCAGGACAGCUUCAUCGAGGACCAGCGUCAGGCCCUGAGUGAGCGCUCCUCUUCGGGCUCCUCUUUGGGCUCCUCUUUGGGCUCCUCUUCGGUCCCGUCUCAGUCUCGGUCCUCCUCCAGACCGGGCUCUCUGAUCGAGCAGGAGAAGCAGCGGAGUCUGGAGAAGCAGCGACAGGACCUGACCUCUCUGCACCGACAGCAGGCCGCUCACGCUGACCAGAGGAAGAGGAGGGAGAAGGAGUGGGAGCAGAGGGAGCAGCUGAUCGCCCACAAGGAGGCGCUCAUGCAUGCACAGGAGGAGGAGAUCCUACAGCAGCACGAUAAGAUGGAGGUGGAGAAACAGGAGCUGCAGAACCGGAAGGAGGAGUACCAGAGGGACCUGGAGAGACUGCGGGACGCCCAGAGGAAACUGGAGAGAGACCGAGAGACUGUGCAGCGGCAGCUCGACAGGAUGGACGAGCUGCGUCUGAGCCAGAGACUGACUUUGUCCACGUCAGAGCAGUCGCAGCUCGUGGGCAGCUCUCAGUCUCUGGAGCUGGAGCCAGUGGAGCUGAGUUCUGUGCCGUCUCUGAGGAGUAAAUCUAAAGGAAAAGGACUUAAUCCCUUCACCUCCUCAUCCACAAAUGCGAGCUGUAAGAACAGUGAGGCCAACAGCCAGCUCUCCAAAGGUCUGCUGCAGCUCGCCAAGAACAAGAGCAAAGAGAGCAAAGACAGGGACAAGAAGAAGAAGAAGAAGAAGGGGGAUCCGGCAGAAGACGGGCCACAGAUCCAGGAGGCUCCUCUGGACGGAGAGAUUUUCUUCUGCUAA